UCGUUUAUAAUGAAAAAUGAAAUUACAUGAGAGAGAGAAAAUAGAGAACAUAAGAGUGUUUGACAUAGACAUGGGAGACGCAUGGCUCCUGACUCGAGUGCGUAAAUUCUAGCUUUUUUCGUGGACGACACGAUCCGAGCCUGCCGCUACCCUCUUUUUUCUUCUCUCUCUCUCUCUUCUUUUUUUUUUUUUUUUCCUUUUUAAAUUAUAAUUAAUUUUAUUUUUCUUCUUUUUUUUUUAUCUCUCACUCUCAAUCUUCCCAUGGAAAUGGAUGAUCAAUAUCCUCUCUCCGAUCUCCGCCGCCUCAUGACUACUGCUCCAUCUCGUUCUCAUUUCCCUUCCUCUUCCUCAAUUCCCCAUCAUGAUCUAUCUGCCGCCGCUGCCGCCUUCCGCCACCACCACAGUCCCUAUGUCAUCAUGAUGAUGCCACGUGACACUUCGCUCCCCGACUUUCGCUCCGAUUCCGCCACCACGCCUCCCGCCAUCGUCUCCGCUCAGCCCGUUCCCAACGCUUUCGAGCUCGAAACUGCCUCGAUCGCUACCGACUGUGCCACCGCUCGAUGGCCUCGCCAAGAAACUCUUACUCUCUUGGAUAUCAGAUCUCGACUUGAUUCUAAGUUUAAAGAAGCUAACAAAAAAGGCCCCCUUUGGGAUGAAGUUUCUAGAAUCAUGGCUGAGGAACACAAUUAUCAAAGAAGUGGAAAAAAAUGCAGAGAAAAGUUUGAGAAUUUAUAUAAAUAUUACAAAAAAACAAAGGAAGGCAAAGCUGGAAGACAAGAUGGUAAGAACUACAGAUUCUUUAGGCAGUUGGAAGCUCUCUAUGGUGAAACAAGCAAUUCCCCUUCACUUCCAGAUUCCCAUUUUGUUGGAGACACUAACCUCAGAUUCCAACAGAAUGGGACCAACAACCCGACCGCGGCAGCUCCGAUGAGCCAUGAAGCUCAUCAGAAGCAUUAUUGUGACAGCCUCAGCCUCUCGAAUACAUCAGAGUUCGAAACCUCGGCUUCGUCGGAUGGCAACGACGACCUCGGUUCAGUCGGCGUACUGGACAACGAUUCGAUGGAGAAGAGAAGGAAGAAGCGAGGCGGAAAAUGCUGGAAGGCAAAAAUCAAACAGUUCAUCGACUCACAAAUGAGGAAGCUAAUUGAUAAACAAGAGGCUUGGUUGGAGAAGCUCAUGAAAACUCUUGAACAAAAGGAAAAGGAGAGAAUGAUUCGCGAGGAGGAAUGGAGGAGACAAGAAGUGUCAAGAAUGGAGAGGGAGAGAAGCUUUUGGGCAAAGGAGAGAGCAUGGAUAGAAUCUAGAGAUGCAGCAUUAAUGGAUGCAUUACAAAGGCUAACAGGACGAGAGUCGAGAGAUAAUAAUCGAUACAACUCCUCCUCGCCGGACCACGGAUUAAUGGUAGCCGAGCGUCAUCGAAAUAAUAACGAGAACCAAAACGAAGACGGGAGCGAAAUACUAAACACCAACACAGCAAGAGAAUUACUAGCAGACAACAAUAAUUACCAAAGGAAAACAAUAGAUCAUAAUCAAGGCAACAAGAAACGCAAGGAGAAUUCAACAUCCUACAAUCUUUACUUCCAACAAACAGAUUCCUCCCUCUACAGCCGCGGCGUUGGCGGACCCUACGGCGGUGCCACCGACAUCAAAGAACAAAGUCCAAAUAGUUCGAACGCGGGCGGUGGUGGCGGGAGCCAUGUGGUGCAAGAUAAUUGCUUUAGGUUCUUGAUGGGUGAAGGAGAUCAAUCUCAAUCUGGUUUAUGGGAAAAUUUUGGUCUUAAACUCAACAAUGGAAGUGACCAAACUUGAAAUAUUUUGACAAUGGAAUCCUUGAGAGAGAUUGAUUUUUCUGAUCUAGGGUUUAGCUGGUUGAGAUUAUUUCAUUUGAAGUCACUUAAUUUAGCUAAUUAUUCAAUAUAUUUAGUUAAUUAUUAA